AUGUUGUGGUCAAAAGUAAUCAGUUUCGCCUUGGUCAGCUUGGCUUUGGCCCACCUGCAAACAGCCCUGCAGGAGGAGUCAUUCUCGGCAUGUCCAGCUAAUUUCACCCAGGUGGGUGAAAAGUGUCUUAUGGUAGAUUCAAUGUGGAAGACCUGGUAUGAAGCUGAUCGGAAUUGCCGCUCUCUGAGUGCUGGUCUCGUCAGUGUGGAGAAUUCAGUGCAAUUGAAAUUAAUUCAAGAUUGGUUGCCCAUCGCUGCUCAAUAUACACUUGAAUUCUGGACUUCUGGCAAUAGUUUGGGCAGCCCCGGAAAAUAUUUCUGGCAGAACACGGGAAGCAGUGCCACUUAUCUACCCUGGGCUACUGAUCAGCCCAAGACCGAUGCCGGAGAUUGUUUGACCCUGUAUGCCAAUUAUAGUAUGGCAACUGGAGAGUUUGUUAUAGAUGUGCAUCGUCUACGGGUCAACAAUUGCACACUUUGGGCCAAGAGUAUCUGUGAGAUUGAGCCCAAGGCAUACAAGACUUUGGUUUGUCUUAAUUCGUCGGCCUUCUAUGAGGCACAGAUACCAGUUUGAAAUACUUAAUGAAAUAACAACGAAAAGACAAAGAGUCAAUUUUUGAGCAAAACUAAA